UCUACUUCAAAUUGAACACAUUGAAAAUACAAGUUAGCGAUUGGUGGAAUUCUAUGGAAAACUAAGUCUUUCAGCUCUCUGUUUAUGAUUUUCAUUCAUUUGAAAGAAAAGGAAGCUUCUGAAAAUAAUUUUCACAGUGAAGGUGACUGCGAAAUCGAAAGUGUUGGAGCAUCAGCUAAUAUUACUUCGGAGCCCUCCUUGAAGGAAGAAGAGGAGAGGUGUUAAAGAGGCCCAAUUAUCAGAAUAACCUGGCGGGCGUCUGAUUGGACCAUAGUCCGUUGUCGUGGGCCAGUUUACAAACUGUUCGAACAUGCUGAAUCAGCCCUCUGACACAGAGUGUUCAGUUUAUUAUUGCCACCCAGACAAAAGCCCAAGCAGUGAUGGAAAAAACAGAUCUACAACCUCCUCAACUGAAAAAUUCAGCAGUAAAAGUCUACUUUCACCUUAGUAGAUAAACAAACUUGUGGCUUACCAUAUUUAGUAGAGGGGACCUAACUAUGGGCUUACCAAACAAGAAACCAGGUGGAAGAGCAAAGUCAACGCAAAAAGGCGUCUCUAGAUUAUUAACACAAAGGAAAAAGAAAACCGUGCACCAAACAGCAAUGGAUCGACUGCUUUAUGAAAUCGCAGUGAGAACGCAACACAAAGCGAAGAGCAUGGAGUUUGAAGCCAAAAACCUGAGUGAAACAGUGGACAACCUGCGUCACGAGAACAGGGCACUGAAACGACUUCAACGAUCUCAAAACAGGGAAAUUCACGAUAGACAUGACUUUGUAGAUAUGGCAAAUCUGUCCCUGAAGGGAUUUCGUAAAGAUGUGAGAUUCAGCGAGGAGCAUCGUGUUGAUGCUGACGCUAGUGUUAGAAAGAAAACAAAAAAAGUUGUAUGGCUUGAGAACGAAAGCAAAAGAUAUGAGAAUCUCCUACAACUUGACUCAAAACUCCCAAGCAUAAAAGAAUUGGAGCAGAAGAUAGAAAAAGCCGACAGGGAACUGGAACUGAAGGAUGAAAGGCUGAAGGAAUUACAAACGAAAUUCGAACUGGAUGACCAAAGAAUUGUCCAAGAACAAAAGAAGGAAAAGAAACGUUUCAUAAAACUGCAACGCGAGAUAGAUGAAACUGUUAGAGAGUGCCACGAUCUAUCUUCCCGAAUCAAAACGGCAGAGAGGAAAAUUCACAAGACAAAUAUUUACUGCCGUAAACGAGGACCCUCAACUCAGGCCCUCCCGGCCAUCACCUGGUAUCCUCCUGCGAUUGAACAGUCUCCAACAAAUAAAGUAGAAACCUGGCUAAAUAAACAUUCUGACAGUUCCACAUAAAAUAGAUUUG